GUGUUGAUGUCACUACCGAAACAGUGUGUGUUUUUCAUUGUCUGAGACUGAUUUAAACACACUUCCACAUUUCUGACCAGGAAAUAUUCCUGUUCCUCCCUCUCAUAGCCUCUUUCACAGUAGAUAGAUCCAUCAUUCUGAGUUAAAUGUGUUCAAACGUCUGAAAAUCUGUGUGGAACUUUAAGGAACGUCACUAACAAACACCUUUUUCUGCAAUUAAGCAAACUUUUUUGGGUGUUAUUCCAUAAAAUUUAGUGUUUAUGUGUGUAAAACUGUUCAGAACUGUGCUAGCUAAUCAUGUGCUGAUUAGCAUCUUUGAGCAGCUCAAAAAUAUCUAAAAUUGUCACUACCGAAACUUCACCACAUGUUUCGGUCGUGACUGUUUCAGUAGUGACAUCAUUGUUUCGGUAGUGACAAAGGGGAACACAUGAUCAUUUAUUUGGGGGAAAUAAACAACAUUUUAGUACAGUUAUGCAAAUCAUUAGUGUUUUAUUAUGCGACCUAAAAUCCUGUCAUGUGAUGUGGUCACUACCGACACAUUACUGUCACUACCAGAAAUGUGCAGUCACGACCGAAACAUGGGAUGUUUUGUCAAAAAUAAAGUAUAUUGAAUGAUCAACUAAGAUGUUAUUAUAGUGUUUGGUUCAAUGUUUAUUCAAACUAAUGAAUCCUUCACUUUGAAAUCAGUUUGAUAAACUUUAUGACUUUUACAAAGAAAGAUUGGAUUCAAAAUACAACAAAUCUCAUAAAUUACACUUGAAAUAUUGAUAAAAUUGUAAUUGUUAUUGAUUUACCUGUGAAAACUUUUUUUUUUUUUUUUUUAAACAGCAAAAACUAUAUUUCCAAGGUAGAUGUAAUCAAAAUCUUAAUAGGUCAAUGUGACCCUUCUUAUUAAAAUAUGUAUUAUUGUGUUUCGGUAGUGACAAAUUUGGGGAGAGGAAAAAUAUUCCAAAACUUUCUGAAAAUAAAUCAAAAAUUGGAGGUGAAAAAAAUGUGAAAAACAGUUAAGUUAUUGUGUAUAUAAAUGUAAAGAAAUUCACACGCAUUUUAGAUCUUUAGAUCAAAGAGAAACAAAUCCAGUCAAAUGUAUUCAAAUUUAUCACCGGUAGCGCGCACGCACGCACGCGCACUGACAGGAUUCAUUCACAGAAUGUCGCGGAUUUAUUUGAGUUUUGCUCUGAAUAUAAUUCACAGUAUUUCUGUGGUGUUUUACAGAGUGUGUGUUUAUGAUAAUGAUUUUAGUGUAGAGGCGCGUGACAGUCACAUGCUUCAUCACACCGUGUGAGUGUGUGUGUGAGAGAGUGUGUGUGUGAGAGUGUGUGUGUGUGAGUGUGUGUGUGUAAGUGUGUGUGUAAGUGUGUGUGUGUGUGUGAGUGUGUGUGUGUGUGUGUGUGUGAGAGUGUGUUGGUUUAGGGAGAAUCUGGAUGCAGGUGUUUCCUGAAAACACACACACUUACAUAAUCUCACGACACUGAUCAUUGUUUCCACUGCAGGUACAGAUGAACAAUAGUGAAUGAAUAUGAAUGUAUUUGUGUUUGAUUUAUAGCAGUUUUACUGUAGAAUGUGAUUUUUUUUUUUUUUUUGGCUGAUAGACAAUUAAGUUCCUAUUCCUGUUUAUCAUGAAAAAAAGAUGCUUUAUGAAAUGAAAUCGCUGGAAAAUGGAUAUUUGAUUUACAUUUUCGCAUGAAUGGAAAUGAUUAAUUUGAAACGUGAAAUAAUGUAAACGUUCCAUCAUAUUUAUUAUUUGUAAUUAACGAAAUAAACGUUCAUAGCAGCACGUGACAGCACGAGGGUCUACCGGACACUCUCCGGUUACCGUCAGCAGCGCGUGACCGGUGACAGCGGCGGGACGCGCGUGCGCGUGCUGGAAUAUUCGGUGCCGUUAUUUCCCCAUCAUCACCCUUACCGAACGGAACACACCCGGUAAGAGCGGCGGAAUCCUGAUCAAUCCACGCGCGAUGAGCGGCGGCGUGUACGGCGGAGAUGAAGUGGGAGCUUUAGUGUUUGACAUCGGCUCUUUCUCCACUAGAGCAGGAUACGCUGGAGAGGACUGUCCCAAGGCAGAUUUCCCCACCACUAUAGGAGUGCACACUGAGGAGGAGGGGCAAGCUGACAUGGGGGCGGAGCAAGAGGUCAACAUUGGGCGGAGUUACUACAUCGACACCACAGCCCUGCAUGUGCCGCGGGCCGGAGUAGAGCUCAUCUCUCCGCUCAAGAACGGCAUGAUUGAGGACUGGAACGCUUUUCAAGCCAUAAUCGACCACAUCUACAGCAAACACAUCAAAUCUGAGCCCAGUUUACACCCGGUUCUGAUGUCCGAAGCUCCCUGGAACUCACGGGCGAAGAGAGAAAAACUCACUGAACUCAUAUUCGAGCAUUACAACAUUCCCGCCUUCUUCCUGUGCAAGACCGCCGUGCUCACCGCCUUCGCUAACGGUCGAGCCACCGGCCUCGUGCUGGACAGCGGAGCGACGCACACCACCGCCAUCCCAGUGCAUGAUGGGUACGUCCUGCAGCAAGGGAUCGUGAAGUCUCCUCUGGCCGGUGACUUCAUUACCAUGCAGUGCCGUGAGCUGUUUCAGGAGAUGAACAUCGACACGGUUCCUCCGUACAUGAUCGCAUCAAAGGAGCCCGUGAGGGAAGGAGCUCCGCCGCUCUGGACCAAGAAAGACAAACUCCCUCCGGUCACCAAGUCCUGGCACACGUACAUGUGUAACGAGGUGAUUCAGGAUUUCCAGGCGUCUGUGCUGCAGGUGUCGGACUCUCCGUAUGAUGAGCAGGUGGCCGCACAGAUGCCGACGCUGCACUACGAGAUGCCGAGCGGCUACAGCACAGAUUACGGAGCCGAGAGGUUACGGAUCCCAGAGGGCCUGUUUGAUCCCUCCAACGUGAAGGGUCUGUCUGGAAACACCAUGUUGGGCGUCGGACACGUCGUCACCACCAGCAUCGGCAUGUGCGACAUCGACAUCAGGCCGGGUCUGUACGGCAGCGUGAUCGUGACGGGGGGAAACACGCUCCUGCAGGGCUUCACCGAGAGACUCAACAGAGAACUGUCUCAGAAAGCGCCGCCGAGCAUGAGACUGAAGCUCAUGGCCUGUAACAGCUCCAUCGAGAGGAGGUUCAGCUCCUGGAUCGGAGGAUCGAUUCUGGCGUCGCUGGGAACCUUCCAGCAGAUGUGGAUCUCAAAGCAGGAGUAUGAUGAGGGAGGAAAACAGAGCGUGGAGAGAAAAUGCCCCUGAAACACACACACACAUACGCACAGUCAUACACACAAACACACUCUCUCUCACAAACACACACACACAAACACUCACACUCACACACACACAAACACACACACACACACACAGUAUUUCGUAUAGCACAUGCAUCACCCUAAACUGCUGAAUUAUGAUUCUGUACAAACUCACUGGAUACAGUAUUUACAGUAACUCAAUAAACUGAGAAAUGACUUGA